AUGUCUCAAAGUCGUGAAGAUUCCGUCUAUUUAGCUAAAUUAGCUGAACAAGCCGAAAGAUAUGAAGAAAUGGUCGAAAACAUGAAGGUUGUUGCCUCUUCCGGUCAAGAACUAUCUGUUGAAGAAAGAAACUUAUUAUCUGUUGCUUAUAAAAACGUCAUUGGUGCUAGAAGAGCUUCUUGGAGAAUUGUUUCCUCUAUUGAACAAAAAGAAGAAUCUAAAGAAAAAUCUGAACAUCAAGUUAGUUUGAUUAGAACUUACCGUUCCAAGAUCGAAACUGAACUAACUAAGAUCUCAGAUGACAUUUUAUCUGUCUUAGACUCUCACUUAAUUCCAUAUGCUACCACUGGUGAAUCCAAGGUCUUCUACUACAAGAUGAAGGGUGACUACUACCGUUACUUAGCUGAAUUCUCCAGUGGAGAUGUCAGAGACAAAGCCACUGAUUCUUCUUUAGAAGCCUAUAAGACUGCCUCCGAGAUCGCCACCACUGAACUACCUCCAACACAUCCAAUUAGAUUAGGUUUGGCUUUGAACUUCUCUGUCUUCUACUAUGAAAUUCAAAACUCUCCAGACAAGGCUUGUCACUUAGCUAAGCAAGCUUUUGAUGACGCUAUUGCUGAAUUAGAUACCUUAUCUGAAGAAUCUUACAAGGAUAGCGCUUUGAUUAUGCAACUAUUAAGAGACAACUUAACUCUAUGGACCUCAGACAUGUCCGAAUCUAACCAAGCUGAACAACCAUCUGAUGAAGCUCAAGCUCAAGCUCCUAAAUAA